UCAAAUGAUCUAAGUUUCUGUUUUUAUUGUAAUUUCAAUGGAUUUAUUACACUUGAAUACAUGUUUUUAGUAGGUUAUUGUUGACGUUAGUAUUGCCACUAUCGCUGGUUAAUGGUCAAUCUCUAAAAACAGAGAAAACUGUAAAUUAGUCGAUAUAAAGCGUCUAUGAUGACAUCUAAACCUACAUGUCUGAUAGUGGCCAGUUCUGCAUCUGCAGGAGUUUCAGCUCGAUCGUUCAAUCAGUGUUUCAAUUUGUGCAGUUCAGUGUUUAACGUGCAGACAGCGACACCUGGCGGGAAGACAAUCGACUUUGCAGGCGUGGAUGACAGCACAGCCCGAUGGGUGCAAGAGUUCAGCGUCAAACCCUACGCCAACCCGGCCAAACUCGAGUCUAUCGAUGGUGCCCGCUAUCAGGCGCUGUUGAUUCCCGACUGUCCGGGAGCCCUGAAUGAUCUCGCCCACAGCGGGUCCCUCGCACGAAUCCUGUCCCACUUCAUUUCUCAGCAAAAGCCCGUGUGUGCUGUGGGACAGGGCGUAGCUGCUCUCUGCUGCGCUACAGAGGAACACAAGUGGAUAUUCAGUGGCUACAGCAUGACUGGGCCCUCUGUGUUUGAGCUGGUACGUUCUCCAGAAUUUGCCAACCUGCCGCUUAUUGUGGAGGAUUUUAUCAAAGACAGUGGUGGAUCUUACACAGCGAGCAUCGAGGACGCAGUUCAUGUGGUCCUGGACCGCCAUCUUGUGACUGGGCAGAACACGCAGUCCACAUCAGCGGCCGUCAACAACCUGAUUCUUCUGUGCAAUUGCAGAUAAACCUUCAGCUGUUCAGAAGACAACGAAUUCACAAGAGCCAACUUCACGAA